AACAAAAUUUCAAACGACCAAGUAACUACCGAGCUCGUAUUAAAUUUUUCGUUCUCCGUCUGUGAUACCUAAGAAUUCGUUGUAACGAGUGCACGAACGUCGAAGAACUUUCUUACAUCACGAAAUUCAUGUUAGUUUGUGCAAUAAAGAAUUGAAGAAGUUCCAAAGAAUUUGACUCGGGAUAGCAUAGACGCGACUCUGGACGAAAUUCGCGGUACAAGUAAUAUAAACGAUGUCGCAGCAGAAAGACACAUUUACACGAUUGACGCAAGAGUUACUGGCCUGCAGGUAUAUCUAUAUAUUUAGCAGAACUGUCAUUAGCCACGAUCACCGACCGAUAGACCCGACGAUACUAUACGUUGGUAAAUAGGUACGUGUCCUAGAGCAGUAACAAGUAUUCGAGCAAGCUCGUGUUUUUAUUGCUAGAGAGUCGUGUGUACCUUUUAGACACCCUCGAGAGACCGAGUUCGUAUAGUCCCGCUGAGUUCUUUAGACUCUUCGACCGAGAUAUCCUCCACUCUUGUACGUCUUCCUUCGAUAACCCGAUAAUUUCUCUCUUCCCUUCGAAGGAUCAUCGAAAGGGAAAAGCGUCAUUUCUCUACGUGGACGCGCGGUAACAAAGUCUCGCCUAUUCCGAGAAAGUAUCAUUCGCCGAAAUGAAAUCAAUUUUUCUUCCACGCGAACAAGAGUUCUCGGUAAAAAUCCUCUGGCUUCGAGAACUUUUCCCGUUCUCCAAGUUUUAGUUACGAUUUCCCCGAUAGCGAAGUAUCUUUAGGGCUACGGUAAUCCGUAAUCAUUCCUAGAUUUAUCCGUCGAGGUCGUUCGCACUAUGUAAAAAUGAUGUUUCCAGUGGAACGAACCAACGUAUUUAUAGCCGAACGAACGACAGUAAGGGUAAGUUUUCCGGCUAGAGAGGAAGUUGAACGACCCCGGUGGAUGUUACGUUUUAUCACCUUCGUGAAACUAGAGUUAUAGAGUUAUAGCCGGCAGGAUUAUAUUCAACAGCAUCUAGAAUUAGAAUCUCGCGUGAGUAAUUCAAUAAGAACUUCCCUCCUCUGUCCAACGGCGGAAAUCCCCCUUUGAAAGAAGCUCGUCAGUUUAAACAUUUAAUUAGUUGCUCGAUUCCAUCCCCCCAUCCCAUCGAUGAUCGACGAGUUUCUUCGAAGCCUUCCGCGAUCGUGCGCUUAACCCGUAACUGGUAGAACGAUCGCUUCAUCGUUUCAAGAUAAGUUGACAAACGUUCAUAGAGAGAUAAUCAUUACUCGAACCCUGUUUAGAGAUCUCAUAGUUACUCUUAAAAGAAUAGUCUCCUUCAAAAUCGCAUCUGAUGUCGUACGUGUAUUCCAAAAGUGAUGUAACGAAACUAAUUCCAGAUUAAAACAUUUCUAAUUGAACUUCUUUUCGAAAAAUACGUUUCUUUAAGUAGUCACUUUUGGCACGCAUAGGCGGCGCGUAGUUUCAUCCCCCUUUCGAUAUCAAUUUAGAAAAAGAACCAAUGCCUAACGAAACGUGUACCAAGUCGAAACAAAAUUGAUUUCGAUGAGAUGAAAGAUGAAGAAGAAGAAGCGAAGAUAUAUCGGUCCCAGAUUCGAGCCCAAUUAGACGGUUCUCUCUCCCAUUUCUCCCAAGGCAAACGGGUUUACAUAGGCCAUAGAAACGCAUAUACAUAGUUAAACCACCUAGUUGUGUAGCUUAAGUAUUUAAGUAGCGUGAAGUAUUAGUGUAAUAGAGUAGUAAGUAGUAAAGCGUGGCGGGGUGUGUGUGUUUUGGGGCAGGUUCAUCACGGCGUUCUCGCAGGGCAUAGAACUGGAUAUGGAUCUGCGCACGUUGCGUGCGAUACGCGUGUUGCGACCGCUCAAACUUGUCUCCGGCAUACCGAGUCUCCAGGUGGUGCUCAAGUCUAUCAUCAAGGCGAUGGCCCCGCUUCUGCAGAUCGGCCUGCUGGUACUUUUCGCCAUCGUGAUAUUCGCCAUCAUCGGUCUCGAAUUUUAUUCGGGAACUCUGCAUAAAACGUGUUACAGCAUCAGGGAUAUCAGUGUAAUCGUGAAGGAGGGCGAACAGGCGAGCCCGUGUAACACGGACAACAAAUCGGAGGCGCCGUUCGGGGCCCACGUGUGCGACGCGAACGUCUCGACGUGCAUGGAUCACUGGGAGGGACCAAACUUCGGCAUCACCAGCUUCGAUAACAUCGGAUUCGCCAUGCUCACUGUCUUCCAGUGCAUCACUAUGGAGGGCUGGACUGCCAUAUUGUACUGGGUAAAGCAAGAGAUAUGUCUCUCAGUGUUGUAAAACUCUC